AUGAUACCGAAGCCAAAAGAUUCAUACACCUCGGAAGAAAGGACAAGAGCAAACCUGGAUAAUGUAGCACGAAAUAUCCUCUACAACUCCCUUGACGACUCCUUGUUCCCAAGAGUCCGAAAGUGCAAGAAUGCCAUGGAAAUAUGGAAAGUUCUGAUGGACCUAGGAGAAGGUGAUGAACAGGAGAAAGACAACAAAUUGACUGUAGCUAUGAAGAAGUUUGAAGACUUCAAAAUGCUUCCAAAUGAGACAAUCAUGGACAUGGAGCUGAGGUUCACUAGACUCAUGGGAGAUCUGACAGAUCUCGGAAGGAACUAUCUGAAAAGGAAAAGAAUCUGA